GCCACAGUCCUCGAACUUGAUUCGUCUCGCCCUCGCUGCAGCGGAUCACCUGCGUGCCCCACCAUGUCAGGCGCGGCCGUGGACACCAGCUCCGAGAUCACCACCAAGGACUUGAAGGAGAAGAAGGAAGUUGUGGAGGAGGCUGAGAAUGGAAGAGACGCACCUGCCAAUGGCAAUGCUAAUGAGGAAAAUGGGGAACAGGAAGCCGACAAUGAGGUAGAUGAAGAAGAGGAAGGUGGGGAGGAAGAGGAGGAGGAGGAAGAAGGUGACGGUGAGGAAGAGGAUGGAGAUGAAGAUGAGGAAGCUGAGGCUCCUACGGGCAAGCGGGUAGCUGAAGACGAUGAGGAUGAUGAUGUUGACACCAAGAAGCAGAAGACUGACGAGGAUGACUAGACAGCAAAGGAAAAGCUAAACUAAGGCCGCCGUGACCUGUUCAACCCUCCACUUCCCGUCUCAGAAUUUAAACGUGGUCACCUUCGAGUAGAG